AUGGAGGGUUCUACGCCUAGAAGUUUUGCUCAUGGCAACAACAAAGCAAAAGUGUCAUCACAAAUAUCUUUAAUGGCAUUGGAAAAUCACUCAAAUUCAUUAGCAAAUAGACAAAAUCCUAUCUUUACCUUAGAUGAAUUUCAAAGCAGGAGUGGAAUGAGCUUUGGGCUAAUGAAUACCCAAGAACCCAUUAACAAUGUGUGGGAUGUGGAAGCAAAUCAAGCUUCCUCAAAUGCGAACCAAAAUGAUGUGAUGAUGAUCCAACAUACAGUGAACCCAGGAGAUUUGAGCCUAGAAGACACCUUUUUACUCCCUACUUUACCUUUUGAGAGUACUAUGGAUGAGGUCUGGUCAACUAUCCAAGGAAAUCGAUCUUCAACAAACAACCCCAACUUCAAUGACAUUAUUGACUUCUCUCAAGUUGAUAAUACACAUGAGAAUAUGUCGUUAGAAGAUUUCUUGGUACAAAAAGGUGUAAUUCAAGGACCUGAAGCUUUUGAUGCUCAACAAAAUGAAGUAGACUGCUACCUAAAUGAUUGGGAGAACUUUCCUAGUGAUGAAAUAAGUUUGGAUCCAACUAGUAUUGAACUAGACAUGAUGUUGGAUGUUGAAUUUCCACCUCCAAAUGGUGAAAUUAACAUUCCAUCAAAUUCUCUUAUUGAAUGUCCACCUCCAAAUGGGGAAAUUAAUGUUCAAGCCAUUUCUCCUAUUGAAUUUCCACCUCCAAAUAGUGAAAUUAACAUUCCAGCUACCAAAUCUCCUAUAUACCAAGCAAUCACAUCUACUGGCAGCUGCAUGGAAGGGUCCUCUAACAAUAUUGGAAGUGAGAUACAAAGUGGUCUUACUAGUUUUGGGGAGCCACAUAGGAGGGCAACAAAUAUUGGCGUUUUGGAGAUUGCAGCGGAGCAAAGGCAGCGCAGGAUGAUAAAGAAUCGAGAGGCUGCAGCUAGAUUUCAAGCAAGAAAACAGGCAUAUACAAUGGCAUUAGAAGCACAACUACGCAAGUUGCGGAUUGAAAAUCUGAAACUCAUGCGCAAGAUGGAAGAAGUUAAGGAGACGAUAAGACGAGCAGAGGCCCUGAAAAAGAGACUAUCAGAGAAGAAGCGACUAGCAAGCGAGGAGUCUAAUGUAACAAUAAGAAGGACCUUGAGCUCAGAUUGGUGA